UUAUAGGACGCAGUUGAAACUCCAGUACAUACCACCUCUGUGUUAUUCUAGGGCAGGUUUGUGAACAAGAAGCAGGACUGAAGAGGCACAGAAACCUGCAGGACCUGACCGUAUAUCUAUUAAUUAUUACCUGAUUAAUAACCAGUCUGUCAGUGGAGGUUUCACUGGCUGCUGUUGGACUGACUACCAGACUAAAAGACAACAUUCAACAGCGCCUACCAGCCAUAAACAUGCCGUCUCUGCGACACUCCUACACGGUGACUGUACCGGAGGAGCUGCCGGCUGCUCUCCCGUUUGAGAAGCCCGAGCUGCGGAGGAAGAGUCCCUCGUUGUCUCGGUCCAAGCUGGUGUCCACAUUCAUGGGUUUGAUCAUCAACCAGGCCAAGAACAAGAGUCCUCAAGGCCUGGUGGGACUGAAGAAUCUGGGCAACACAUGUUUCAUGAACUCCAUCCUUCAAUGUCUGAGUAACACCCCCGAGCUGAGAGAUUACUGCCUGAGAAACGUCCAUCGGUCCGACCUCAACAACAACUGCACGACCAACGCUGCUCUCAUGGAAGAGUUCGCAAAGCUGACUCAGAGCCUGUGGACGUCUGUGAACAACGAGGCCGUCAGUCCCUCUGACUUAAGGAGCCAGAUCCAGAGAUACGCUCCCAAAUUCAUGGGUUGCAGUCAGCAGGACGCCCAGGAGUUCCUGCGUUUCUUAUUGGAUGGCCUCCAUAAUGAGGUGAACAGAGUGACCGUCCGCCCCAAGGUGUCCAUCGAGGACUUUGACCACCUGUCGGAUGAGGAAAAGGGUAAGCGGAUGUGGAACAUGUACCUGGAGAGAGAGGACAGCAAAGUAGUGGAUCUGUUUGUUGGACAGCUGAAGAGCUCGGUGACCUGCUCCGUCUGUGGCUUCUGCUCUACCGUGUUUGACCCGUUCUGGGAUUUAUCCAUACCUGUUGCACAGAAGGGCUCAAGCGAAGUGUCUCUCAAAGACUGCCUAAGGCUCUUUACAAAAGAGGAUGUGUUGGAUGGGGAUGAGAGGCCGACCUGCAACAGAUGCAAAACCAGAAGGAAAUGCACCAAAAGAUUCAGCAUCCAGAAGUUCCCUCAGAUCCUCGUGCUUCACCUGAAGCGUUUCUCAGACUCUAGCAUCCGAACCAGCAAACUCUCCACUUACGUCAACUUCGCUCUCAAAGAGCUGGACCUGCGGGAGUUCGCCUCAGAGAGCGGCGAGCGCCCCGUGUAUAACCUGUAUGCCGUAUCCAACCACUCUGGAAACGCUCUGGGAGGCCAUUACACGGCCUACUGCAAAAACCAGGCGCUGGGAGAGUGGUACAGCUACAACGACGCCAGGGUGAGCCCCGUGUCCUCAAGCCAGGUUCGCAGCAGCAACGCCUACGUCCUCUUCUACGAGCUGGCCCCGUCCUCACACAGCAAACAUCAGAUGUGUCGGCUGUAGGCGCCGUGGAGGAGCUGACAAGCUGAACUAAACUGGUGGAGUCAAGAUACCGCUGCCUGCUAGGAGACAGCUCCGCCUAGUGGAGAGAGUCCUGCCAUUACAGACUGUGAAUAUGGAGCACAAAGAUGUGUUGCUGAGAGGAAAAAAAAACGCCCUCUGACCUUCCUCUCGGCGUGUUUUUGAGGGCUGUGACGGCACAUUUGAACUUGAGGAUGUCGACCUGAGCUCAUACGUUGGAUGUAACAGAGAAAACACUACUUACAUUGUCAAAAAAAGGUGUAGAAAUUCAGCUCAAGGCACAACUUAAAAUGGACCCUCUUCAGGGUGCACAUGCAACAGUGGACUCACUUAAAAAAUAAGACAUUUUACAGCUGUGCCUGGACCUGAAUCUACACCCACUCCAGUGGAUUUCCCUUCUUUUUUCAUGCACUUUGAACACGGACGACAUUACAGCAACUGCAAAAUCUAAUUUAUUCUAUUUAACAUAAUGCCAGUAACUGUAUAUGUCAUUGAUUGAUCAAAGCCUUAUUGUUUCCUCUUAAAAACAGUGGAAAUCUAGAUCUAGAGUAUGUCUUAUGUCGAAGCACAUAUUAUUUUUGUACAGUAUUAUUUAUGGACGGCGCAGUGAAUGUAACUGUACUGUGGGAGAGCCCAAAACAUACCAAAGCAGCUGUAUGAAAAAUGCAUCAAUAAUUCUUCUUCCAGCAAUAAUGUUGCUGACUUUACGUCCAAGUCAGUUCAAACUCGAUAAAUGAAUAAAAUUCAAUGUUAAUUUACACUG